AUGGAUGCAAAGGGAUUAGGACCCUCCGUUAGGCUGUUGGGUGUUGCUGUAAUGCACCCAGCAAGUAACUACACGGACCCCGCAGAACCAACAGGGGAGAGAAAAGUGCUGGCAGAUGGGAAAAUAAGCUGUACAGAAGAGCGGCUGGACCAGCAAUCACCUUUUUGUGAAACACUGAUGAACAAGCCGCAAGAUAAGCCAAGAAAUCAGCAGAUCAUGGAUAAGAAACAUUUUCAUCCUUCUGUGGAGGAAAGGGACACUGUGCCACCUUCCAGACAAGCACUCAGAGAUGCUUACGCAGUACCUCUUCCACCAGAUUUCGAUGAUGAAGAAGCUCCUCUGAAACAAAACGAGAUGGCAUCACCGGCAGCAACGCAAAAGGCUCCAUCUGAGAGAAAAUCUCAGAAGGUGCAGAAAAAGUUAGAGAAAUUGUAUUACGAAAUACAGGAUGAGAUAGAAGAACACACCUUGUACAAGCAAUAUGAGCAAAAGAUCCGCCCCUGCAUUGAUCUCAUCGACAGUCUGAGGUCUCUUGGAGUAGAAGAAGAUAUGGCUUUGCCUGCAAUUGCAGUGAUCGGAGACCAGAGCUCUGGAAAAAGCUCUGUCCUGGAAGCCCUGUCUGGUGUUGCUCUUCCUAGAGGAAAUGGUAUCGUUACAAGAUGUCCCUUGGAACUUAGACUCAAAAAAACAGCUGGUACCCAGAAAUGGAAAGGGAAAAUUAGUUACCGACAUAUCAGUGAAGAACUUGAGAACCCCUCAGAGGUGGAGAGAGCAGUAAGAAGAGCCCAGGAUGUUGUGGCUGGUACUAGAGGUGCCAUCAGUAGAGAACUAAUUUCCCUAGAAGUCUGGUCCCCAACUGUGCCGGACCUGACACUAAUUGAUCUUCCUGGAAUUGCUAGAGUGGCUGUAGGAGAUCAGCCAGAAAACAUCGGUGACCAGAUCAAAAACCUACUUAAAAGCAUUAUCAGCAACAAAGAGACACUCAAUUUGGUAGUGGUGCCGUGUAAUGUGGAUAUUGCAACAACAGAAGCACUGAAAAUGGCUCAGAUGGUGGACCCCAAGGGAGAAAGGACACUCGGAAUCCUCACAAAACCUGAUUUGGUGGACAAAGGAACUGAGGAGUCUAUUGUUAAAAUACUACGAAAUCAGAUCGUCCCCCUCAAGAAAGGUUACAUGAUCGUGAAGUGUCGUGGGCAACAGGACAUCCGCAACAAUCUGACCUUAGCCUCUGCGAUCCAGCAGGAGAAAGUUUUCUUUGAAACUCAUAAACAUUUUAGCAUUUUUCUGAAUGAAGGAAAGGCUACUAUCCCUCUUCUGGCAGAGACGCUCACACGAGAACUUGUGGGACAUAUUAUUAAAACUUUGCCUACUGUAAAGAACCGAAUACACAUUGAACUCCAAAAAAACUUCCAAGAACUACGCAAAUUCAAGAGAGGCACGCUCAAAACAGAAUCUGAAAAGCUGUGUGUACUCACAGAUCUAAUCAAAUAUUUUAAUGAGGAUAUUGCUCAUUCAAUAAAAGGAGAGGAACAUAUAUCUGAAAACGAAACCAGGUUGUUUACAAAAAUCCGCAGAGAGUUCCAAACUUGGGAAGCAGUUCUCCAUGAGAUUAGUAUGAAGGUUACAGAUAGUGUACCUAAAAAUGUAGAGAAAUACGAAGCCCAGUAUCGUGGACGGGAGCUCCCGGGCUUUACCAAUUACAAGACUUUUGAGGACAUUAUAAAAGAGCAAGUCAUGAAACUGGAGGAGCCAGCUGUUGCGAUGAUGAACACUGUGAUUGGCAUCGUUGAAGAGUUUUUUCUGUCAGUGACUAAAAAGCAUUUUGCUGAGUUUCACAAUCUAUAUAGAGUUGCCAAGGCCAGCAUUGAAGACAUUAAAGAGAAACAAGCAGCAGAGGCUGAAAGAACCAUCCAGACCCAGUUUAAAAUGGAGCAAAUAGUGUACUGCCAGGACUACAGCUACAUUGCUUCUUUAAAAGCUGUUCAGGAGGAAAGAAAGAGCGCCCAGGUGAAACCACAGGUGUUCGGUCAGGGCUCUGGAGCUGUUGCAAAGCAAGAUCCCUCCAUCGCCGAGGGAAUGAUUUUGCACACACAGGCAUAUUUCAGCAGAGCAAGAAGUCGCCUCUCCAGCCAGAUUCCUUUGAUAAUUCUGUUUUCUGCCCUCGAAAACUUUGGAGAUAACUUACAGAUCAAAAUGCUCUAUCUUUUGCAAGAAAAGGAAAAGUUGAAUUUUUUACUCCACGAAGAAAGUGAUGUUGCUAAAUAUAGAAAUUCACUCAGUGAGCGAGUUGAUCGUCUCACCCAAGCCUACCAGUAUCUAAGAAACUUUGCCAGUCUGUACUUUCCUUGA